AUGGAAUCCUCAGCAGACAAGCAGUCUAAGGCACUCCUUGACAGAAUGACCAACUCUCAGGCCAAUGUUAGAAUAUCUGAACCGCAUGAAUGUCCAGACGGCCAAAGCACUGCAGCCCACAGGGGUCCUGAGCAGGGAGACGAUGCCUUCUUUGACUGUGAGGAGUCUCUGAAUGGAGCAGACGGCUCCAUGGGUGACAGACAGAGAAGGACUGACUGUUCAGAAGCCCCAGCAUUAUUCCAGGAAACAGAGGGGUCACCAAACACAGAGAAAAAACACGUCAGUGCAGAGUUAGGAGAAGCCGUGUUGUCAGGGGCGAGAACUACAUUAUUGGGAGGUGAAGAAGAGGGAAAAGAAACUUGGGAUGAGUGCACUGAAGAAGACAAGAGUAUGGCAGUUGAAGCGGGAGAUUCUGAUACUGAACUGAAUGAAGAAGAGAACGCUCCUCCUGAAUUUGAUGAUGAGUAUCUGAGACAAGUGGAGAAAGACAUGACCGAGGAGGAAACAGAGAGCCGCAGAGAGGAGAGCAUGAGCCUGAAGGACAAGGGGAACAGUCAGUUCAAGAGUGGAGAGCACACUGAGGCAGAGGAGUCGUACACUGCAGCUUUGGGAUUAUGCCCUGUGUGUUCCAGCAAGGAGAGAGCUAUCCUCUUCUCUAACCGUGCUGCUGCCCGCAUGCACCUGGAUAAGAAUGAGAGAGCCAUCGCUGACUGCACCAAGGCCAUAGAGUUGAACCCAAACUACAUGCGAGCGAUCCUGCGGAGGGCAGAGCUCUAUGAGAAAACAGACAAGCUGGAUGAGGCUUUGGAAGACUACAAGGCUGCUCUGGAGAAAGACCCCCACCUGCCUUCAGCCAGAGAGGCCUGCAUGCGGCUUCCACAACAGAUCCACGAGCGAAAUGAGAAGCUGAAGGACGAUAUGAUGGGCAAACUGAAGGACUUGGGCAAUAUGUUCCUGCGGCCAUUUGGUCUGUCCACAUCAAACUUCCAGGUAAACCAGGAUUCGGGCACUGGAUCCUACUCUGUCAACUUUGUUCAGAAUCCUAACAACAACAACAGAUCACAGCAUGAGGAGCCUGUCUGAGAGCCGUCGUCACACCUGGCUUGGCCACCCAUCCUCAGAGCUAAGAGACGGACAGUCAGGACCCUCCACUGGUGUGUCAGAGUGGGAUCCAUUUGGAAAUGUAAAAGACAAGUCUUUCAUGGUUAAAUAAGAUUGUGUGUGAGAGAUGGUGGGCAAUCUGAAAGGGCCAUUAAAUGAUCCGUGACUGGUA